AUGUCCUUUUUCUCAAGGUUCAGCACACCUGUAUUCAAGAACACCGGGUCGACCGCUCGCGAUCAUCUAGCAUCGGAACGAACCUAUCUAGCAUGGAUGCGUACUGGCCUUGGUUUCCUAGCGCUUGGAAUUGGAGUUGAGAGAUUCAAUCAACUCGACCUGGCCGAGAUUCUGCCAACUAAGCACAAACGGCGUUUUCAUGACCAUCAAACGCACAAUGACAAGUCAGACGCUCUCGUGGGUGCUUUGCUUGGAAGUGGAGCUGGUAGCAUCGCCUAUGGCACUACUAGGUACUUCUCCAACAUGCGAUUGCUGGAACAAGGGCUCUUCAAACCUGCUUUCCAUGGAGCUGCGUUUCUGGCAGUAGGUGUUGCUGGAAUUGCCGGUGCAGUUUAUUAUUCCACCGUCAGAGAGAGGAUGGCAAACAACCGACCCGGCCGUGAUUGA